AUGUCGGAUGGAAAGCUAUUUGUGAAGUCCAAGUCUUCGGAGAUCAAGGCCGAGCUUGACCAAGCAUACAAACGGGGAAAACCACAUGCUAAGAUCAAGUUAAUCUUGAAGAAAGUUACAGCCAACAUAAUCUUGAAUAAUAACGAGAUCUCCAAGUUACUACCCGAUAUGAUAAACCUUCUUCGCUUUGAUGAUUUGGAGAUCAGACGCGUGUGUUUAGACUUUCUAUGCUUCUACUCCCAUUACGACCCCAAGACAGCCCUCAAUGCGGUACCAUUCUUAAAGCGAUUUAGAGAAGACUCCGAUUCAAUUCUUAGAGCUUUAACCAUCAAGACUCUCACAUCUAUUGAACUUCCAGAAUUCACAGACCUUUCCUUUUCGGUGAUCAAAUUAUACCUCAAAGACCCCAAUGUCUAUGUGAGAAUUGCUGCUGCAUAUUCGACUGCCAGACUUUUUAAGUUUAGUACUUCCAGAGUAAUCAACGAGAACUUGAUCGAUAGCCUCAAUGAUCUCCUAUAUGAUGAAGACGAUACCGUCAUAUCAGUGGCCUUAUCCGCCUUGGACUCAAUAAUAGAACAUGAUAAAACUUUGGACUUAAAGUUGACUGUUAAUCCUAGCCAUUCAAUCAAGCUUUUGAAAACGUUGCAUAGAACCACAGAAUGGAGUCAAGUCUAUAUUUUGAAUUCGUUGCUAUCAUUUGUUCCUCAACACACAAACACAGCAUUGGACCUUAUAGAGUUGGUGAUUCCUUUUUUACAGCAUGAAAAUUCGUCCAUCGUACUCAAUGCUGUAAAAGUUAUUGUGUAUUUAAGCAAUUAUGUUAAAGAUCCAGAGCUUAUUCUCCCAUCUUUACCUAAAAGACUAGGCUCUUCACUUGUUUCAUUACUUUCGAAGCCUCCGGAGUUGCAGUUUUUGGUUCUAAGGAAUAUCAUAUUACUUCUUUUGGGAAGAAAGUACUUGGUACAGUUUGACGUUGAAAUGCUCUUUUGCAAAUAUGAUGAUACCAUAUACGUGAAAGAUACCAAGCUUGAGAUUAUCUACUUAUUAGCCAAUGAGCAUAAUUUCUCCACGGUAACAAGGGAAUUGGAAGAGUAUGCCACAGAUGUAGAUGUGGCAAUGGCUAGAAAAGCUAUUCGAGCAUUCGGAAAUUUGGCCAUCAAAAUUACUAGUGCUGCUUCGUUGUGUGUGGAAAUUAUUAUUGACUUGAUAUCGAAUAAAGUUUCCUAUAUAGUUCAAGAAGCAGUGGUGGUGAUAAAGAACAUUGUUCGAAGAUAUCCAGGUGACUUCGACUAUGCCAUUACCGAGAUGGCUAAAUACUAUAAGUUAAUGGAGGAAAGUGAUGCAAAAGCUGCUAUGAUUUGGAUGUAUGGCCAGUAUCAUCAUCUUAUUGAAGAUAUUGAAGAGGGUUAUACGACUUUGAUCCAGUCGUAUAAGGAUGAACCUCUUGAAGUUCAACUCGCAACAUUAACUGCUACCACAAAAUUAUAUUUGCAUUACCCAGAAAAGUUUGAACGUUCGGUAUUAGCAGUGCUUAAGUGGGCAACAGAAGAAGUCAACAAUCCUGACAUCCGAGAAAGAGGAUUCUUUUACUGGAGAUUAAUAUCUUCUGAGUCUGGAAGUGAUGUAAAUGGUGGUUUCCAACUGGUGGCCAAGCAAGUUGUUUUCAAUGAAAAUCCACGUAUCGAUUCAGAAAAUGAAAAUAUCAAUCCAGCUGUUUUGGAAGAAUUAGAGUUGAAUAUUGGUACCUUAGCUUCUAUUUAUCUUAAGCCAAUUGCUCUUGUUUUCAGGCUCUCAAAAUCAAGGACUCUACCACAUUCUCAAGCAUUGCAACCAAGAAGGCCUUCAAAAAAUUCAGCAGACAAUUCAGCCCGCUCUUCACGUGCCACUUCUACCGAUAACUUGGCCCUUCCCGAAGAAGGAAAAAUAUAUUCCUCUAGAAAGUUUAAUGUUUCAGCUGAUGCCAUAUCUCGGAAGAAGUCUAUUAUUAGACAAAGCUCUUUCGAUUCCACUCCUUCAGGGCUCUCUGAUGAUUCAAAGAAAAAUGGAUUAGCUAGACGAUUAAGCAAAAGGGCCUCAAUUCUAACAGGGAGGAGAAGUUCAAAGUAA